UAAACUCAACGCGCCCAAUUCGACAGAAGAAUACAAAGAAGAAGCUUCCCUCAUCUCCCGAUCUGCCGCCAUCAGUAAAGGGAAACCCAAUCAAAUCCUGAACGCCAUGCACCCACCGGAAGCGGCCACUGAUCUCUUCCUGGUCCUCAUCGUGAUUUAUUUGGUUCGCCUGGGCCCUGUGGACGCCCUGAUCCAGGCCAGGUGCCGGCCUGAGUACCGCAACCUCCCGAGCGGCGUCACACACACCGCCUGCAAGGGUCCGAACCCGCGCUGCACGCUCGACAGGGCGCUCACCGGGCUGAGCUCGCAGGUCAAGCAGCAGGCCCUGCAGGUACACAACGACUACCGCUCCCAGGUCGCACAAGGCCGACUGUCGAACUACCCGCCGGCGAAGAACAUGUACGAACUGGAGUGGGACGACGAGAUGGCCGAGGUCGCGCAGGCUUUCGCCGAACAGUGCGACUACAGUGGACACGACCACCGCGAAGCCCGAACGACAAGCAGGUUCAAAUCUGUGGGACAGUGCUUCGGCUGGGCUAUCGACUCGGCCAGGCAGACUGCCACCGAGGGCAAAACGUGGGCCGACGACUGGUUUUUAGAGUACCGCAACUAUAACCCGCACGCGGUCCUCUCCUUCGAUACCAGCAGCUCCCGUGGCGUCGUGACUCAUUUUACGCAGAUGAUAUGGGCAGAAACACGCUACAUCGGCUGCGGAUUCAGUAACUACAAGGAGGGCGGCAGAUACGCGAGAAUCUUCGUGUGUAACUACGCCCCAGCCGCCAACACCGGCGGAAGGCCAAUAUACUUGCCUGGACAGACCUGCAGCGCGUGCCCGGCGGGGAGCUCCUGCAACCCAGCCACAGGCCUUUGCAGAGGCGGGCCUCCGGAUCCAAACAGCGAUGGCAGUGAUACAGGAUCCGUCCCUCCUAGAGGAGGUGGAGGAAGUGGAGGCGGUGGAGGCAGCGGCGGCGGGAGCGGCGGAGGUGGCGGCGGCAGUGGGCGAACUGACUCGGACGGUGAGGCCGACGACACUGUGGACAUGGGACUCACACUGUGGUACACUGGCGCCUUGUUCGCGGCGUUUCUUGUCGGUGCCUGCGUCGGCGCUAGCAUUGUAACCCUGCGCAGACGCAGAGGAGGUGACUACGACGUUGGCGCAGCACCAGGCCCGUACACGGGAACUACAACGGCCGUGAGCACUAUGAACACGUGGGGCUAGCGCUGCGACGUUCAGCGAAGAGCGCUCGGAACCGGGCUGGUGAUGGGCAGUUUGAUUGUACGUGUGCGCGAUAGAUUGUGCACGCAAGUACAUAGGCUUGCGCGCGUAAGCACAUGUGUGAGUGAGUGAGUGAAUAAACUUUAUUGUAGGUCCGGCGAG